AACCCUGCUAUCGAUAACGGUGGGCCCGGCGCGGUACCUUGAGCGUCAAAGCGUCAAGGCUCAAAAGCUCCAGCCCGCGCGCCUCAACUCGCCAGCCAUGUCGUCCAUUUACAACCUCGAGCCGCAGCCCACGGGCUCGGUGAUCCUGCACACGACGCUGGGCGAACUCCACGUCGAGCUCUUCGCCAAGCAGACACCGCUGACGUGCCGCAACUUUCUGCAGCACUGCCUCGACGGCUACUACGACGGCACCAUCUUCCACCGGCUCGUCCCCAACUUUAUCGUGCAGGGCGGCGAUCCCACAGGGACGGGGAAUGGCGGCGAGUCGAUAUACGAUGGCGGUGCCUUCUCCGGCGAUCUGGAUCCCUGGCCCAUGGACCAGAGACACGGACAGAACGCGGGGCCCAAUGGCAUCAACUUCAAAGACGAGUUCCAUUCGCGACUCCGAAUCAACAGGCGCGGAAUCUUGGCAAUGGCCAACGAGGGAAGGCCGGAUUCCAACGGCAGCCAGUUCUUUUUUACGCUGGACAAGGCGGAGGAGCUCAAUGGCAAGAACACAAUGUUUGGCAGAGUCGCCGGCGACACAAUCUACAACCUGGCCAAAAUCGGCGAGUCAGAAGUCGACGAAGCGACCGAACGACCGUUAUACCCGAUCAAGAUUGAACGAGUGGAAAUCUUGGUCAACCCGUUCGAGGACAUGAAGAAGCGGACGAGGGUGGCGCAAACUCAGGCAAAACCAAAGGUGGAAAAGGAAAAGAAGAAGAAGCGGAAAGGCGGGAAGCAGCUGCUCAGCUUUGGCGACGAAGAGGGCGACGAGGAAGUGCCUGUGUUUAAGAAGCCCAAGUUUGACACACGGCUCGUCAUGGGAGAGGAGGAGGAAGCCCCUGCGCCUCGAGAAAAGUCCUCGAAGGCAAAGGCGACAAAACCCAAAGACGCAGAGCAGAAGGAGAGCGACGGUCGGGUUGCCAACGAUAAGGGAAAGGAACCAGCUUCUGACACCAUGGACGGUGCGCAAGAAAGGGAGGCGCAAAGAGAUGUACCUGUACACAAGAAGCGCAAAGAGCCGUCGCCAGAGUCAUCACCGGAGCCAGAACCGACCAAGGAAAAGAGCGCACUAGAAAAGGCCAACGAAGAACUGGCAGCGCUCAAGGCCUCAAUGAGGAGAACGAUUUACUCCGAGGAACCGGUCAAGGAAAAGAAGAAAAAGACAGCGUUAGAGGAAAUGAUACCCGAAUCGUCAAUACGGGGAAGGAAAAGGCGGCCUGGCGGAAACAGCACUACGACGAAUGAAGACCAAGCGUCUCUCCGCAUGUUGAAAGCCUUCCAGGCGAAACUGGAAAAAGCCCCGCCGUCGAAGGAGGUGACCAUUGAGGCCCCCGUGAACAACGAACCAAGCGAAGCAGAGAAAGCACCUCAAGAAGAUGAAGCAGAGUUGUGCGACUUGCACUUCAUCGCCAAUUGCCAGAGCUGCACUUCGUGGGAUAAACAGGAGAAGGAAGAAAGUGAUGACGAAGGCUGGAUGUCACACGCGCUGUCGUUUGCUGCAGAUAAGCUAGGCAAGGAUCUGAGCAACAGGAGGAAGGCCGAGGAGGAGCUAGUCGUCAUCGACCCGCGGGAGAAGUCACGGACGCUCAAGGAGGAGAAGCGGGCGGAGCGAGAGGCUCGGGCUGGAGGGUCGGGAAGGGCAUGGGACCAGGCACGGAACGCCCAGAUGGCCCGGGCAGCCUCUCUGGCCGGCCGAGGGGCGAAAUGAAGUCGGUCCUUUCCCCCUGGUUUAUAUCAUGCGUACUCGUAAGGAGGUAUAGAAGGGAUCAUAUUACCUUGCAUGUAUAUGAGC